GAAGGUGAAACAGUUCCGCUCUGUGUCGGGGAGCUGUAGUCGGAUACAUUUUUGAACUGAAGAACUGAAGAAAUCCAAUCUUUUAUUUCCAGUUUCAAUAUUUGUUGGACUUUUUUAGAAGUGGAAAUAUAUAUCGUUUUCACCCCGACGAGCUUGUCUGGUUUGUCAUAAAGUAACAUUGAUAUCGUCAGCUCUCGACCAUCUCGUCACAUAUGAUUUGCUAACAACAACAAAAAAAGUCCUUUUACGCAAAUGCAGUUUUUGAUCCAGCACACUUGGGAUAGCGAUCCUGUGAGUCAUGACCCUAUCAGGAUCAAUUUCUCUCCCGGGCAAGGAGGGCUGAAGAUAGAGAUGUUUGGUCCCUUCUUCAAUGACCCAGCCGCCCCUGCAGGUCCCCCGAGUCAGGCCUUUCCUGGACUCUGGGAUUAUGAAGUUGUGGAGUCCUUCUUCCUUGACAGUACCUCAGAAAAUUACCUGGAAGUGGAGUUUUGUCCAUAUGGACAGCACCUGAUAUUAUUGCUAUCAGGAGUUGGCCAAGCAUUCCAGCAACAACUGCCCAUGGUGUUUAAUGCCACACUCACAGGGGACAGGUGGAUGGGUGAGGCUCUCCUCCCCUGGUCAUACUUACCUCCCAAUAUCAACAAGAUGAACUCCUACGCAAUUCAUGGCUCAGGAGAGAAGCGUACCUAUGAGGCUCUCUACUCCAUCCCCAAGGAGGAGAUAGUGGAAGGCCAAAAACCCAAUUUCCACCGCCUGGAGUAUUUCAAAAAUUUCCGCCUUCAAAGCAUCAUGGGAGAAGGUUGGAUCCAGCCAGAGUCUGAUCUGUGGAUAGGAAAGCUCUGAGCUUUUCAAAAACACUCUCUUGUCCCUCUCCUUUUGUCUCUUUUGCGCACACACAUGCACGCACUCACUCACGCACGCACGCACGCACGCACGCACGCACGCACGCACGCACGCACGAUCGCACGCACACACACACACACACACACACACACACACACACACACACACACACACUACAGUGGCAGGCAAACACUCAUUGAUGGCAAACAAAGGGCAAUCAAUCUUUAUUAGUUAAUGAUGCCAAACGAUAUGACAAGAAAUAUGUUAUCAGCUUGUCAGAGUGUAUUAGCCUUCACACACACACGCACACACACACACCUCUACAUCCAUCCAUUUACACACACAUCACAAGGUAUUGGACGUCAGCUUAAUUUGCCUCGGCAGAGUGUGACCUGCAGCAGUUAUACUGUGGAUGAUGGCAAGAAUUGCUCGCUUUAACAUUUGGCUCCUCUGUAGCCUGUGCGUUUCACUUUAGUGGGAUAGAACACAGCAGUUUCUUGUGAUUCUUUGCCUUGUCUGUUAAGAGACACACACGCCAACAAUCACACACACACACACACACACACACACAGUGUCAUACUGUAUAUGUAUCCUUAUGCAACCAUUUCACUCUCUUUAUUGAAUGCCUUUUACAAUUAAAUAUGUGUACAUAUUGACUACACAUUCGUGAUGAAAAGGACUGUACAUUGUUUCUCUGCAAUUGUGACUCAAUGUCACUUUAAUUGUAUUCCUACUGUGUGAUUAUGUUUCAGUGCCAUGCAUUAAAGUAAUGUUCCUUCACUUUAAAAAAAUGAUUUGUUACUUUCU